UUUUAAUGUUUUUUUGUGCCUGCACAAGAGGUUCUGUUCUGGCCGAGUGACCGGUUUACAUCUCCAAGAACUUUCAACCUCCCCAUUGCCCGUCAAUAGACAGACCUCCCAAACGCAGCUUCUUGUGGCCUCAGGCCACAGCGUGCUUUUGCUUUGCGCUGAUGAACGCUGCCCUGGAAUACCUUCGGACACGGAGCUACCGGAAGUUCAACUCCAGCCAUGCACACAGCAGUGCUGAUCUCAUUUGUCAUCAGAGAAGCGCGUGCUCAUCGCUAGCUGCCGAUCAAACUACGAGGUGGACACCAUGAUUUUAUCAUUCAAUAUUGCGCUGCAGUUCACCGCUUGUGGCGCCUCCUCAACCUCGUGUCGGCAUGCUUGGUGAGGAAGUUCGGCCCCCCGUUUCUGUUGGUUUCUGUGCGCCAGAUGCUCCAUCCCCUCCUCUCCGGCCAGAUCCUUGCAGCACAUCCAGCUCGAUAAGUGUCACAGAAUUUGAUUCGGGGCACGGCUGUGGAGUUGGAUGCCAACAGACCUUGAGUGUGGCUGUCUAUGCUGAUUCAUAUAUUUUUUGGUAGGCUGGUAAGUAACGCAUCGUAUUGGGUGGCAUCAUAGGUGCAUCCAGUGCCACGACACAGACACAGCCACAGCCAGGCCAACCAACCACGUCAAGGCCUCACGCAGAAUGCAAGGGAGACGUGGAUCAGUUGCACAAUUCAAGGAUUGGCCAUAGGGCUUGCCAAACGAGAGGCAGAUUUCUGAUCCGAGUGCGGUCGACAUCGAGUGGCGGAAGCGCCCCUCCCUUUCUGCUGGCUGAGUUCAUGUUUCAAGAUAUGGGUUUGUAUAUAAAUAGACAGAAUUAAAUACGUAGACCAAACCCAUUGGUUGGGGGGUGUCCCUAUUAACAUGCCACACAUAGGAAUAGGUCUCACCUCGAGCACCCUAAGCUUUGAUGAUUGUCCUAUUCGAGACCAUGAGCUGUAGGAGUGAAGCUGCCGUAUUCUUUUCUCAGGGAAAUGGCUACAUUUUUGCGGCUUCUCGCGACCAUCGCCUACCCCUGUUGAAUCUCCUCAGGCUCAGUCUCGCUGCGCUCUCCGGCAUGGGUCUGGUCUUGCUGGGUUUCUUCAUCAUCAAGGUGAACCUGCUGGGCAUGCUACACGGCAACUUCUUUGUCACCCCCACCGCCCAAUGCAUGAGCAGAGGUCUGAUCCUUUUUGCCUCGCUGGCCGGUGCAAUCCUGUCACACCUCUCGUCGGCCGGAUGCACAGGCAUCAUUGGCGCGGGUGCCAACAUCGGAUUCCUCACCGGCAACAUGCUUCUGAGCUGCCUCACUGGACACUGGAAACAUGCCUUGAGCACCUUCGCCAUGAUCGCAGUGAUGUGCCUCACGAUGUGGUUCAGCCCUAUUGUUUGGAGGCAGCAGUUCUUGAUCCUUUGUGGAGGCAUAGGCCUCCUGAUGCUGCCAGAGCGCCGGCCAUGGCAGAUUGCCCUUUUGAUCAUUUUGAUUGGGCUUUCCAUGAGUGGCUUGGAACUCAUUUAUGCCUUCUACAAGGGCAACGAUUUGCACUAUUGGGAAGCCUUUUGCGAGGCCAAUGGCCUGGUGAAAGGGACCACUGAGGCUGUUCUCAGUACGGAUCUCACCCACAGACUCACCGGCUAAGAGCGGGAUGAGUUUGAUGGCAGAGCAGGGACCGAGCG